CCGGAGUGUCUUGCACUCGCACCAACUGCCCUGGCACCCCCACCCCCGCUCCGCCACGUCCAAUCCAGCGAUGCGAUGACGAGCUUCUCCGCGAUCAAUUCCCCGGAACGACGGACACGAUGCCUCUUCACAAUGGCUGCUCAUCCUGACGAUGCGUCGCCGGGCUGCCAAGCGAUGAAUUGCAAAUCCCAGUCAUGUGGUCGCCAGGGCGCAUUGUGGGCAACAGAAAAAGUUCUCGUCGACGCCACUGCAUGCAGUUGAGGAUCGGAUGGCCAUUGUUAGGGGAGAUAAUCGGAGAGCGAGUAUGGGCAGGAAGCGCGUGUUGCUGCAAUGGUGUGCCGGGGGUUACGUCGAAAUUGUCGCUUGACGGAAAUGGUGGUGGAAUCGACGGAAGCGGAAGGCUGGUGGUGAAUGGGGGCGGUCGCAUCAAGUCAUCUUCACCCUGCUUUGGGGGCUUUUGCUCCAGAUCCGAAUAUCCUCGUUUCACUCUGCUUGUGAAAGCGUCCAAUCCCCUCUGGUCAAUCAAUCGAUCGAUCGAUCGCUCUGCAACUUCGCGGGUCUUGGCAUCGUGGGGAGGAGGCUGGUCAUCAGUCACAUCGCCUAUUCCUGCUUUCUCUCCCACCUCACCUCACCUCAUUCCGUCUCUGGACCUUCUCUUCCCCCGUGACCUACCACCUUCUCCAGUGGCAUCUUCCUCGCGGAACCCAUCUUCCUUUUUCCCCCAUCUGUCUGCCUGUAUUCCUGUCACCUAUUCAUCGUCGCGCGAUGAUAUCUUUCGUUCCGUCAUUCCAUACACUCCGCUUGAUUUUUUAUUGAUCGCGUCUCGAGCGAAAAAAAAAGAUCACUGGAAUCUCAUUGAAGACCAUUCACUAACGGCGUUCAUCGGAGUCUUCAGAAAGUCAAAUACCCAUUCGUGUCCUUUUAGGCAUCUUACGAAGUGUUCACUACGACCGUCUUUCCUUAACGACUCCUACGAAGUCAAAAGUCGCUACGGCCGUUCCUCUGGGAUACAAAAGUUUCGUUUGAUCUUCUGGUCCUAUUUCCAGCGAAGCGACGCAUCUAUCGAGUAAUCUGUGCUUUCGAACACUUCCAUAUCCAAUAUGUCGUUCCAAAAUUUCGAUUCUUUCCAGAACCAGCACCCGCCCGCGGACACUGCUUCCGCUCCUGGCGCCCCGGCCUCUGCGGAUGCCACCAUGACCGG